GCUGGGCCGUGAGCUCCGCGCCGCCGCCGCUGCCGCCGCCUCCUCGCCGCCUCCACGCCGCGCGCCUGGGCCCCCGCCGAGCGCCGGGCCUCCCGGGAACAUGGCCCUCGAGCAGCUGUGCUCGGUCCUCAAAGUGUUGUUAAUAACAAUACUUGUAGUGGAAGGGAUUGCUGUGGCCCAAAAGACCCAAGAUGGACAAAUUAUUGGAAUAAAACACAGUCCUCCUACUGAUUGUGGUGGCAUUUGGGUUCGAACCAGCAACGGAGGUCAUUUUGCUUCACCGAAUUAUCCUGAUUCAUAUCCACCGAACAAAGAGUGUAUUUAUACUUUGGAAGCUGCUCCACGUCAAAGAAUAGAGUUGACUUUUGAUGAACAUUAUUAUAUAGAACCAUCAUUUGAGUGUCGAUUUGAUCACUUGGAAAUUCGAGAUGGACCAUUUGGUUUCUCUCCACUUAUAGAUCGCUACUGUGGUGUGAAAAGCCCUCCAUUAAUUAGAUCAACAGGGAGAUUCAUGUGGAUUAAAUUUAGUUCUGAUGAAGAACUUGAAGGACUGGGUUUUCGAGCAAAAUACUCAUUUAUUCCAGAUCCAGACUUUACUUACCUAGGAGGUAUUUUAAAUCCCAUCCCAGAUUGCCAGUUUGAACUCUCAGGAGCGGAUGGAAUAGUGCGUUCUAGUCAGGUGGAACAAGAAGAGAAGACAAAACCAGGUCAAGCAGUUGAUUGCAUAUGGACAAUUAAAGCUACUCCAAAAGCUAAGAUUUAUCUGAGGUUCCUAGAUUACCAAAUGGAGCACUCAAAUGAAUGCAAGAGAAACUUUGUUGCAGUGUAUGAUGGAAGCAGUUCUAUUGAAAAUUUGAAAGCCAAGUUUUGCAGCACUGUAGCCAAUGAUGUAAUGCUUACAACAGGAGUUGGAGUGAUCAGAAUGUGGGCAGAUGAAGGCAGUCGGCUUAGCAGGUUUAGAAUGCUCUUUACUUCCUUUGUGGAGCCUCCCUGCACAGGCAGCACUUUCUUUUGCCAUAGCAACAUGUGCAUCAAUAAUUCUCUGGUCUGCAAUGGUAUCCAAAACUGUGCAUACCCUUGGGAUGAAAAUCAUUGUAAAGAAAAGAAAAAAGCAGGUCUAUUUGAACAAAUCACUAAAACUCAUGGAACAAUUAUUGGCAUUACAUCAGGGAUUGUCUUGGUCCUUCUCAUUAUUUCUAUUUUAGUACAAGUGAAGCAGCCUCGAAAAAAGGUCAUGGCUUGCAAAACUGCCUUUAAUAAAACUGGAUUUCAAGAAGUGUUUGAUCCUCCUCAUUAUGAACUGUUUUCACUAAGGGACAAAGAGAUCUCUGCAGACCUGGCUGACUUGUCAGAAGAACUGGACAAUUACCAGAAGAUGAGGCGCUCCUCUACCGCCUCCCGGUGCAUUCAUGACCAUCACUGUGGAUCACAAGCAUCCAAUGUCAAACAAAGCAGAACCAAUCUCAGUUCCAUGGAACUUCCUUUCCGAAAUGACUUUGCACAACCACAGCCAAUGAAAACAUUUAAUAGCACCUUCAAAAAAAGUAGCUAUACUUUCAAACAGGCACAUGAGUGCCCCGAACAGGCCCUAGAAGACAGAGUUAUGGAAGAGAUUCCUUGUGAAAUAUAUGUCAGGGGGAGAGAAGAUUCUGCACAAGCAUCCAUAUCCAUUGAUUUUUAAUCUCCUACUUAAAGGGGACAUUAAUUAUUAAAGUAUGUAUGUAUGCAGCCUACAGGGUGUCCAUCCUGUUUUCGGCAGCCACUCACCCUUUUCUCCUAUCAAAACUCGGAAGACCUUCAUUUACCAUUGACUAUAGUAAUUGAUGAAGUUUUUAUUAUCUCAGGCAGUUGAUAAUCUGUUAAACUGAUCAAGGAACUUCUUUCAGUGGGAAAAAAAAAAUCAUCUGUUGCGUGGUGUCACAAAGCACCAGUUAAAUAGCAGUUGAAGAGGGGAAUUGUGUUGUUGAGCCAGGGUCAGGCUGCCUGGUAGUUUUAGCAACAAAAAUACUGCUCUUGAUUGCUAAUAGCUCUUUCACUAUUUUGAUCCAUAGUAAGCUUUUCUUUACAUUCCUUUUUUUCCCCUUUUCUCUAAAAUUGUGUAAUAAGCCCGUAAUUUUACCAUCUCAGUUUCUUACAUAAAGGUAAUAGUUAAGGUACCACACAUAUUUUAGCAUAGGCAUUUGUUCUAGAAUUUUUCAAACUAUAACUAGUUACUGUGGUAAGUGCUAAUUAAGACAGUUAUGUUUCUUCCAUAUGUUUCUCCUUGACUAAUUUUUAUACUGCUGCCUUUUAAUGAUUGGAUCCUUAGUUUUUUCUUUUCUGUGAGAAGUAUAUAUGAUUUCUCACCUUUAGGUCAUAUUUAGAUGUUAUGCUAUAAAAAUUUCAUAAUCCUGGGAAGUGUGCACCAUUGCCACAUCGAAUUAAAAACCUGGAAAAGAUGAAAAUGUUCAGAAAUUCCUUCAAAUUUCCCAAAUUUGCUCACUUUUAGUGACGGUUCGUUCAUUUCUGAAAAGAACAAUUCAUUUUAGAGGGAAACCUAUAAUUAUAUUUAUUUCAAAUGCUUUUCAUCACCAACUCUAUUUUCUAUUCAUUUUGUUUUAAAAUUAUUUAGCUCCAUUUGUAUUGGUUUACUUUGUGGCAUAAAAAUAACCAUGGUUUUAUCAGAGUUUAAGGAAAAUUUCUAAAAAUACUGUAUAAGUCUUUUAGAUUGCUUCUUACUUGGGUCAAUACAUUUUUGUAGUUCUUACCAAGAAUAACAAUUUCCAGUUUUUUUUAAACUGCACUUUGACCUUAUUUUUUUUAUGGUAUAUAAAAUAAUAGUUUAUAAACAUGAUAUAAAAACUCAUUGUGUUUUUUUAGACUUUUGAUAUUAUUUGAUACUGUAUAAACUUUAUUAAUCAAUAUUAAAGACCUACAUGACAUUUCUUUUUAUGUUCACAUUAGCAGCAUUGUAUACAAGUAUGCUGUGAUGGAACACUAAUUUAUUGUAAAGACUGUGGUGAUGUGUACAUAAUCUUUUUAUUUCCUUUCAUUACUGCAUUUUAAAUUUAUGAUAUAUUUUCACCAUGUGAUAUUUAUUGUUCUAAAUCACUACAAAAAUCUUAUUAAAUAUGCAUUGCUACAUGAUCCUUCAAUCAUGUUAUUUAUAGCACUGAGAUUUUGAAUAUUAAGAUAGAUAUGGAAAAGAAUAUAACAUAUUUCAACUAAUACAGGCAAAAUCAGAAGAGAUUCCUCAAAAAUAAAAAGUUUAUUCUUAUUUUCCAUAUUUUUGAAGUUCUCAAUGAAAUGAAAAAUUAAAUCUUCACUAGAUUUCACUCAUUUUCAUGAUUACAUAUAUACAUUUUUCUCAAAAUAGUAAAAAUUUUGACCAUAUGUAUGAGACACAUAUAUAAUACUCCCUAAGAAUAUGUUUUCUUUAUCACAUUUUAAUAGUAUGUAGUAUCCACUUAAUAAAAAGAUCUACAAAUAAUGUGUUCAUAAUUUUAGUUUAAGUAAGCAUUAAUUUCCUGUUUUUAAAACUUAACUUGGAAGGUAAGACUUAAUGAAUGUAAUAUUUAAUGAACUAAUAAACCAGGGCCAGAUUAGAUAACUAAAUUCAAUACUAUGUUGAACAGGUAUUUUUAGUAAUUUAUGCCAACCAGCAGUUGAACAACAUUGUAAAUGCUUCAUAUAAUUAAUAAUCGUUCUCAUUUCAUGAUAAAGGAGAAUUAGCUUAUUUUCUAUGUAAAAUAUUAUAAAAAUUGUUAUCAAUCCAAUUUUGACAUCUGAAUUAUUAUAGAAUCUGAUAAAAUAUAGUUAACUCCAUUAUCUAUAGACACUUUUAACUUUUUCUUUUGGAAUUUAUACCCACUUGUCUUUAGAAAGGUCAUGAAAAAUACACAGCCUUUAAAGAAGACAUUUGACAUUAAAACAGCACAAAAAUUCAUGGUUGUUGGCAACUCAUCAAGUAAAACUUAGACAACAAAAUUUGGGUCCUAACUUGUGGCUGCUUAAACAAAUAUUCUUAUUUUUCAUAUUAGAAAAGCCAAAUUUAUUUGUCGAAGCUAGUUUUGAAUCCUCAGAAUUUUUGAAUUAUGCAAAAUAUAUCAUAAUCACUUGCCCACUUGGGAGAGCCAGGCAAGCUCCCUGUGGCGUAUUCAUAUCCAAAAUACAGUAACAGAUAUAUAUAUAUAUAUACAUACCUCUCAGAGAGCCCAGCAAGCUACUGAGAGUAUCCCACCCACACGGCACAGCCUGGCAAGCUACCCGUGGCGUAUUCGAUAUGCCAAAAACAGUAACAAUAGGUCUCAUUCCCCUGACCCUGAAAGAGCCUCUCAUCAUUGGGAAAGACAGGUAAGGAGAGGCUGCUAAAAUCUCAGGGCUGAGUGUAAUAGAGACGUUACUGGUGCCCGUUCGAGUAAAUUGGGAUGACAGUGAUACAUCAUAAUCACAAAUUUUAACCCAGUAAAGUAUCAUUUCAUUUGGCAUUUUGUUGUGUUUUGUUUUUGUUUGUUUGUUUGUUUUGGUUUCUUUUUUUUUUUUUGAGGACUCACCCAGUGUGCUAGGAGCUACUCCCAGCUCUAUGGUUAAGAAUCACUCUCAGCAGUGCUUGGGUGACUGUACAAUGCAAGAGAUUGAACCAGGCCUCCAGCAUGUAAGGCAUAUUCUUAGCCUGUUGAGCUCUCUCCAGCCCUUGAAGGCUUCUUAUGAUGUAAUUCAAAAGAUUUGUUCUUUCUGAUCACUUUACUGCAGGGAUAGAAAUAAAGAUGAUCCAUAGUUAAAACAUUAGACUGCCAUAUGUUACAUGCCUUCAUGGAUAUGAAACCUCAUAUUUCUGUUCAAACAUUUAGCAGUAUAUUACAAAAAGAGAAACAAAUGAAACCAAUAAAUUGUAGGCAUUACUACCAGCAUAAUUGUUAUAUAGUCUUUCAUCUUUAUGAUCAGUAAGAUAACUUUGCAAAUUGUUUACUAAGAUGAAAGCCAUAAAUUUUAGUGACAAAGGUGAAAUUUAGCCAUCACUGAGAUUAUAGUGUUCAGUAUUAAACCUAUAACAGAAAAUACACAUUGGAAAGGUGGGUAUCCCCUAUUCAGGCAUAGCACCAAGUUCACUUCUUUUUUAUCUUCCACCUGGAAUGUAGUUGAUCCUGAAUUUAGUACAAGGUAUCAAAUAUCCAUAGAUUGUAGGAAAACAUUAAUCCAAGCAUCUAAAGUAUAUAGAAAUAAAAUGUGCUGCACCUUUGUGAGUAUUUGCUCAACCUAAAGGUUUUAACAAAAGCAAAGAAUCUUCCAUGUUUCAUAUCAUAUGAGUUUUAAAGUCUCCUUUAAAUUAUUCUUGUUAAAACUCUACUGUCAAUGUUUUGUCAUUUUACUAAUUACUAGGUAUUAAAGGAACAUAAAUAAUCUGCUUCCAAACAUUCUUACAGUUCUGCUAUUGUCUCAUUAGAGGAUGCUUCCUUUCCAAAGUGUGUCAACUGAUGGGAUGGAAUGGGAAAAGCCUACUUAUUAUUCCAAGAAUAAUUCUCAGUGGUAGGAAAUUGAUCUUAUAAAAUGUCUACUAUAUUGUUUGUGUUAUUUUAUUUCAAGAACUAAGAAAAAAAAUGCUUGACUCAGAUUGAUUGAACUGCUUGUUUAGGGUUUUUUUUUUUACAAUCCAAGAAAAUUGGUUCAACUUUAUUAAAGAGAAGACUGAAGUCCAGAAAAGAGAAAUGAGUAUCCACCACUCAGAACUGACUUCCUUCUUGCUGUCACCCUGUUUUAGCUGGCUAUUAAUUUUAAAACCAAGCUGUUCUACAUAGCAGCCAAGAUAUUACUUGUAAGCUUUUCAGCUGAUUUAAAAUGUAAUUUAUUCUAUAAUAAUUUCAAAACAUUACAUUCUACUUUUCUCUCCAAUCUUUGUAACACUUUGUUACUCCAUAAUUUUAUUGCAAUGAUUUCUUGACCCUCGCAAACUCUGUAAGACAAUUACUGUGAAUUCUUAAUAAUAAACAAUGUUAACAAUUUAUAGGCUUGGUGUACUAUACAGAAAGAACUCCAGUGCUCUGCUUUUGUGAUCUUUUUUAAAUAUAAAAGAACAAAUUAAACAUUUGUGUGCUGUAUCUCAAGCUUGGAGAAUGAUUUGAGUUCUGAGCCAUUAUAAAUGACAAGUUGACCUCAGAUACCUUUUUUAGUUCUCUGAAAAAUUAUUUACCCAGUGUCGUAUGUACCUCUUCAAAUGACAUUUUAAAUUUCUUCAUUUCCUUUAGUAAUAUUCCAGAUAAUUAUGUGGUUGUUUUAAUGACAACAAAAGCUCCAAAACUGAUGACUCAAUACAUGUUUAGUGUGUUCUGUCUUGAGUACAUUUUUUGGAAGACAGUAGAUUUUUUUUUUUUUGAGAAGUGAACUUCUACACCAUAUAAGAAUUCUCAUAUGCUCUAUCCUAGAUUUGUUCCUAAACAGUAUAGAAUUUAAUUCUUAAACUAUAACUAAAAAUCUGUGUUUUGAUUUCUUCGCUUGCCUCAGUUUCAAAAGUAUUGAAGUAGGAAAGAAUCCUAUAUCUUUCCAGGGCAAAGUUGUUAUUUCCUACCCAGUAGCUUCCAAGUAAAACUACUAGAGUUGUGAAAACAAAUAAAAAGUAUUAGACUUGAAACCAUUUGUUUUAAAAUUAAUCAUUAAGAGAAAAUGGAUUUUUAAGAAAUGAAUUUAAUCUUAGGUAUAUUUAUCUCAUUACUGACUUCUUCUGAAUGAAUGGUCAGUGGCCACUUCCUUUUUGAGGGGAAAAGGCCACAGUGGUAUAAGAGAGGAUAAGUAGAGGUCCCUAUAGAUGUGUACUCAGGAGAAAGCAAAGAAAUACUCAAACUACUGAAUUCUAUCAAGAUCCAGAUCAAGGAAUAAAGGAAGAAGAAAAGGACAAAGUUACCAUUGGUCUGCCGCUACAAUUACUUACCGAGCAAUUCUUCUUUCCAUUAUUUAGAACUAUGAAACAGCUUUUAUUUGCAAAUGCUUGUACCUCCUAAGCUUUGUCAUACUCCAUUUACAUCUGGUGCCAGGAGACCAAUGAGCCAGUACAUAUUUUACUGAAAUAUUUUUAGUUGCUUCUUGCUAGAAGGAAUUUUCAUCAGAACUCUGAGUAUUGAAAGCAUGCUUUUCAAAUCAUCUAUUCUUCCACUGAUGACUGUCCUAUUAAGUAGUCUCAAGGAAGUAUUCACAAAUUUUGAACCGAAUAAUAGUGUGAGUCAUAGGAUAAUUCUUUCUAUGCCCCUGAAUUAUUUUAUCAUUCUGUAUAAUGCCUCAGAAGGCAAUUUAGCUCUGAAAAUAUGGGCAAGUAACUGAAUAUUCUUCUGCAUUUCAUGUUCAUAAUCUUAAUCUAAUCUUACUUCCUCUCUAUAGUUAUUUUGUGUGUGGAGCAGGGCACACUUGGUGGUGCUGCUCCUCCUUGGUCUUUAGGUUUAUAACCAUCAGUGUUUGAGAGACCAUGCAAUGUCAGGAAUGGAAUCCGGGCCUUUUACAUACACAGCAUGUGCUCAGACUAUUUCCCUAUGUCCCCAGCUCCUAUCUUUGGUUUUUAAUAGAAAAAAUAUGAUGAUGAUGAUGAUAAAGUUGUGAUAGGACACCUCUUAGGUGGGCUCCCAGAAAUUCCUGCCUCUUAGUAUUCACAAUCCUCUAUCAUAUCCUACCCUUGAGCUGGACCUAGUGACCAUCUAAUAAAGAGAAUAUAGCAAAAGUACAA